CAGCAGAACAUCUACAUCGGUGUCCCGGUGCCUCGUGGGUACAGACGGAAACGCCGGCGAAGACGUUCUGCGGGGGGCCGUGAGGCAGCAGACAAGGAGAGGGGGGACAGACACUACGACCACCAUAGACACCAUGACCAUGAUGACAGAGACAGAUACAGGGACCUAGAGGAGGGACUCAUGGACCCACAUGACCUCCAAGUUCCUCAAGACAUCAACCGCACAAUGUCCCCUGCAGCUGAGCGGCUGCGCUAUAUCCUGGGAGAGGAGGAUGACAUGCCCACCCCCACACUGUUCACUGAGAUGGACACGCUGCAGCAGGACGGGGAUGAGCUGGAGUGGAAAGAGUCUGCUAGGUGGGUGAAGUUUGAAGAGAAGGUGGAGGAGGGAGGAGAGAGGUGGAGCAAGCCCCAUGUGUCCACCCUGUCCCUGCACAGUCUGUUUGAGCUGAGGACCUGUAUACAGACCGGCACUGUGCUGCUUGAUCUGGAGGGAUACUCACUGCCACAGAUAGUUGAUGAAAUCAUUGAGCAGCAGGUAGACGAGGGCAUGCUAUCUCCUGACCUGAGAGAGAAGAUCAGCUUUGUCCUCCUGAGGAAGCACAGGCACCAGACCAAAAAGCCCAUCCACCGCUCUCUGGCUGACAUGGGCAAGGCCAGCGGUGGUGGUGCCCCCCGUAGUCCAGGUGCAGCAGCCGCAUUCAACCGCUCCACAGAAGACCUCCGCAUGAAAUCACAGCCAGGAGGCUAUGGUCGUCUGCGUCAUGCCCAAAGUAGGAGCAUGAAUGACAUUUCAGACACUCCGAGCACAGACCAGCUAAGGAAUAAGUUCAUGAAAAAGAUCCCUAGAGAUGCUGAGGCAUCUAAUGUUCUGGUGGGUGAAGUGGACUUCCUGGAUAAGCCCUUUGUAGCCUUUGUCCGCCUGGCCCAGGCCACCACUCUGGGAGGACUGACAGAGGUUCCUGUGCCCACCAGAUUCCUGUUUAUUCUGUUGGGGCCAACAGGAAAAGCCAAGUCCUAUAAUCAGAUCGGUCGAGCCAUAGCUACCCUAAUGGUGGAUGACCUGUUCAGUGAUGUGGCGUACAAGGCUAGAGAUCGAGAGGAUCUGAUUGCAGGUAUAGAUGAGUUCCUGGAUGAGGUGAUCGUGCUGCCGCCCGGAGAGUGGGACCCCAAAAUACGUAUCGAGCCUCCUAAAAAAGUGACCUCGGCUGACAAGAGGAAGUCAGUGUUCUCUCUGAAUGAGCUGGGUCAGCCUAAUGGUGCGGCCGGAGGAGGUGGAGGCCUCGCUGAGGAUGAGGAGAUGCCAGUGGCUCACGAACUGGGAGAGGAGCUGGCACACACUGGGAGGUUCUGUGGAGGUCUGUUUCUUGACAUCAAGAGAAAAAUACCCUGGUUGCUUAGUGACUUCUAUGAAGGCUUUCACAUCCAGUCUAUCUCUGCUGUGCUGUUCAUCUACCUGGGCUGCAUCACCAACGCCAUCACCUUCGGAGGCCUGCUGGGAGACGCCACAGACAACUACCAGGGUGUGAUGGAGAGUUUCCUGGGCACAGCGUUGUCAGGAACAGUAUUCUGUCUGUUUAGUGGUCAGCCCCUCAUCAUCCUCAGCUCUACUGGACCUAUCCUCAUCUUUGAGAAACUGCUCUUCGAAUUCAGCAAGAACAAUGGUAUAGACUACAUGGAGCUGCGUCUGUGGAUCGGGAUCCACUCCUGUUUGCAGUGCUUCCUCCUGGUCGCCACGGACGCCAGCUACAUCAUCAAGUACAUGACCCGCUUCACAGAGGAGGGCUUCUCCAGCCUCAUCUCCUUCAUCUUCAUCUCUGAUGCCAUCAAGAAGAUGAUGGGCUCCUUCAAAUACUACCCCAUCAACACCGACUUCAAGCCAGACUACGUCACCGCCUACAAGUGCGAGUGCCUGGCCCCAGACCCCAUGCCAGUGCCAACUGAUAACACCUCUAGUCUCUUUGGAUUAAACAUCACAGGCCUGGACUGGAGCCAGCUCAGUAAGAAGGAGUGUGUGAAGUACGGAGGCUCUCUGGUGGGCAACACCUGUAAGUACGUCCCUGACCUGGCCCUCAUGUCCUUCAUCCUGUUCUUCGGGACCUACUCCAUGACCGUCUCCCUCAAGAAGUUCAAGUUCAGUCGCUACUUCCCCACCAAGCUGCGGAAGCUCAUCAGUGACUUCUCCAUCUUCAUGGCCAUUAUGACCUUUGUCGGUCUGGACAGGUUAAUUGGGCUCAAAACCCCCAAGCUCAUCGUUCCCACAGAAUUUAAGCCCACACGUCCCGACCGGGGUUGGAUAGUGCUGCCGUUUGGGAAGAACCCAUGGUGGGUGUAUUUGGCCAGCUUUGUCCCUGCUCUCCUGGUCACCAUCCUCAUCUUCAUGGACCAGCAGAUCAGUGCUGUCAUUGUCAACCGGAAGGAGAACAAACUGAGGAAAGGGUGUGGCUACCACCUGGACCUGUUCUGGGUGGGGGUGUUGAUGGCUGCCUGCUCCUUCUUGGGCCUUCCCUGGUACGUGGCCGCCACUGUCAUCUCCAUCGCCCACAUUGAUUCACUGAAGAUGGAGAGUGAGUCCAGCGCCCCUGGGGAGCAGCCUCAGUUCCUGGGUGUCAGGGAGCAGAGACUGACAGGGAUUCUGGUGUUUGUUCUCACUGGAGUCUCCAUCUUCUUGGCUCCCGUUCUACAGUUCAUACCCAUGCCAGUGCUCUAUGGUGUGUUUCUCUACAUGGGCGUGGCAUCUCUCAGUGGCAUUCAGUUCUGGGAGAGGAUCAAGUUGUACAUGAUGCCGUCCAAGUACCAGCCAGACUUCCCUUUCCUGCGUCACGUGCCUCUGAGGAGGGUCCACCUCUUCACCCUGGUCCAGAUCAUCUGUCUGGCUGUCCUUUGGGUGCUCAAGUCCACCGUCCUGGCCAUCCUCUUCCCUGUCAUGAUCCUGGGGUUGCUGGUGGUGCGUAAGAUGCUGGACAUGGUGUUCUCUCAACACGACCUCGCCUGGAUAGAUGAUAUCCUGCCUGGGAAAGACAAGAAGAAGAAGGGUGAUAAAGAUGACACAAAGAAGAAAGACAAGAAGAAAGGGAGAUCAGACGACAGUGAAGACGAGGAGAAGUACCACGCGUACUCCAACUGCUCGCCCAGCUCUGAGUCUGACGUGGACCGCAGCAUCACCUUGCAUCUGAAGAUCUCCUGCCCAUCGUCCCCGGCGGUGCCUAUGGCCCACGGCCGUGGCAUGGCCUUCCCCGUGCCCCAGGUGAAGAUCGAGAUGGAGUCGGACUACGACACAGACACUGACCACCCCCGCCACAGGGACAUGAGCAGCGAAACAACGCUGUAGGCACUGACUACAGUGUGACAGAGCAGUGGCAUACGUGGGUCGAACGCGGACGCUCUACAGUACAUAGCUUUAGAGCGCUGACCCACUCACACAUUAUGACUCUUCUAGAAUGCCUGCAGAGGACAGUGCAAGGUGUCAUGGACUAACAGCUGACAGCAUAUGACACCUAAUGUAAAGAAAUUAGAUGCCGGGAAUACAUGUACAUGGAAUAACUUAGCUUGAAUGUACAGUACAUUUAUACUUGAUCUGAUUCCUCAUAUAGCUGUCCAUUUUGAUGUGUCCAAAGUCCAAGCAACAGCUUCUGCUUUUAACCUAGGAGGCGCUUUGCUGUCGUAAAUUGUCAUGGAUAUCUCUGUUGAGAACAUGUUGACUGUAUAAUCUUCAGGACACGCAUAGCUUUAGAAACAACGUAGAGGGAUAUAGGAGAAAGGUGGAGUGAAGGAUCUCCUCUGUAUGUGCUGUAUAUAAGAAUAUAUUUUAUGUCAAGAUAUUUAUAUUUCUAUAAAUAUAUAGAGUACCAGUCAAAAGUUUGGACACACCUACUCAUUCAAGGGUUUUUCUUUAUUUGUACUAUUUUCUACAUUCUAGAAUAAUACUAAAGACAUCAAAACUAUGAAAUAACACAUGUGAAAUAAUGUAGUAACCAAAAAAGUGUUAAACAAAUCUAAUUAUAUUUUACAUUUUAGAUUAUUCAAAGUAGCCACCCUUUGCCUUGAUUACAUCUUUGCAUACUCUUGGCAUUCUCUCAACCAGCUUCCAGGUAGUCACUUGGAAUGCAUUUAAAUUAACAGGUAUGCCUUGUUAAAUGUUAAUUUGUGGAAUUUAAUUCCUUCUUAAUGUGUUUGAGACAAUCAGUUCUGUUGUGACAAGGUAGGGGUGGUAUACAGAAAAUAGCCCUGUUUGAUAAAACAGCUCAAAUAAGCAAAGAGAAAUGACAGUCCAUCAUUACUUUAAGACAUGAAGGUCAGUCAGUCCUGAAAAUGUCAAGAAAUUUUAAAGAUCUUCAAGUGCAGUCGCAAAAACCAUCUAGCGCUAUGAUGAAACUGGCUCUCAUGAGGACCGCCAUAGGAAAGGAAGACCCAGGGUUACCUCUGCUGCAGAGGAUAAGUUCAUUAAAGUUAACUGCACCUCUGAUUGCAGUCCAAAUGAAUGCUUCACAGAGCUCAAGUAACAGACACAUCUCAACAUCAACUGUUCAGAGGAGACUGUGUUAAAUCAGGCCUUCAUGGUUGAAUUGUUGCAUAGAAACCACCAUUAAAGGACACCAAUAAGAAGAAGAGACUUGAUUGGGCCAAGAAACACAAUCAAUGAACUUUAGACCGGUGGAAAUCUGUCCUUAAGUCUGAUGAAUCCAAAUUUGUGUCUUUGUGAGACGCAGAGUAGGUGAACGGAUGAUCUCUGCAUGUGUGGUUCCCACCGUGAAGCAUGGAGGAGGAGGUGUGAUGAUGUGGGGUGCUUUGCUGGUGACACUGUCUGUGAUGUACUUAGAAUUCAAGGUAGACUUAACUAGCAUGGCUACCACAGUAUUCUGCAGUGAUACGCCAUCCCAUCUGGUUUGCGCUUAGUGGGACUAUCGUUUGUUUUUCAACAGGACAAUCAAUGUUUAACACUUUUUUGGUUACUGCAUGAUUCCAUAUGUGUUUUCAUCGUUUUGAUGUCUUCACUAUUAUUCUACAAUGUAUAAAAUGAGUAGGUGUUUCCAAACUUUGACUGGUACUGUAUAUAUAGUAUUUUUUUCACAGUUUGUUCAUACAGAAAGUUACACUGAGUGUACAAAACAUUAGGAAUGCUUUCCUGAUAUUUAGUUGCAUCCCCUUUUGCCCUCAGAAUAGCUUCAAUACGUUGGGGCAUGGACUCAAUGUUCCCCCAAAUUGUUUGGGGCACUGAGUAAAUUUCAGGUCUGCUGAGGGCAAACUUGAAUGUUGUGAAAAUUCAGUGCAACUUCCAGCGUCCAUUUACUAUGACCAUUGAAGCUGUACCUGCUUUAACUUACAGUUGCAAACAGUGGUCAAGUAGGCUCCUGUGGCUAUUUGAUCUUAAAUUAGGCCUACCAGAGUGUCCUACCAUGAAAAACAAUGUAUAAAAUGCAUCCCAUAACAUUUUAACAUGGAAAUAGCUGUUCUAUCAUUCAGCCUUCAAUAGCAGCCAAUGUGUGGUGUUCAACGUAGGCCUACAUUCCAGGACUUUAGAAAAAAACAUGCAGGGCUUGACAUAACCUGUUUAUCAAUUUGUUCUUCAGACAAGGUGACUGAAUAUGUUGUUGUGUUGUUUGAUGCAAGAAACACUUUACAAAAAAAAAUGCACAAUUAUUCCCAUACAAUUAUUAUAGAAAAUCAGACAAAUUAUGCUAACCUAUGCCUAUUGGCUACUUAGCUUAUUCAAGCCUGUCUCAAAAUAGGACAUUGACCCCUUUAAGACAGAAAAAGCUCUUUCCCUGACUCGCUUUUGAAAGAUGUCUGGAAAUGUACACAUUUUGUGCUCUUGUUGGAAGCAAUCACUCCCCCAUUGCUGACUACGAAUGAGCAAUAACUGGGCUAAUAGCUCACUAACUAGCAAAGGAUAUAGCAAAGGAUAAGAACAAAUGUGCCCAGGUGGCUAUAUGCAACUCUGGCUUUGAUCUCAAAACAACUACUCACUACCACUCAUGCUGUAAACACAGUCCUGUGUUUGUGUAGAGUACGGGCUGAGUGGUGAGAGGCAAUUUAAUAGAAAGCCUACAACAAAAUCUCUUGCAUACUUAGCUUUGCUUACUUGCAUAGUUCUUGCAGUUUGUUUUGUUUCGGUAUGCUGCAUUGAAAGUGACUAAUAUUGGGUGGAUUCGAUCACAAUUCCCACAGUAAAGGGAAAUUUGGAUAGUGUUAACUAAGGGGGAAAACUCUAGAAAGUUGAGUGAAGUUCAAUCUCCUGCUUCUCUGCAUGGGCCAAUAUUUAUUCUGCACACACGCGCAGCUUAGAGGGAACAUUGUCUACAAGGUGUUGAAAGCGUUCCACAGGGAUGCUGGCCCACGUUGACUCCGAUGCUUCCCACAGUUGUCAUGUUGGCUGGAUGUCCUUUUGGUGGUGGACCAUUCUUGAUACACACUGGAAACUGUUGAGCAUGAAAAAAACAGCAUGGUUACAGUUCUUGAUACAAACCGGUGCACCUGGCACCUACUACCAUACUUUGUUCAAAGGCACUUAAUACAUAUUUUCUGUUUCCCACUUACCCUCUGAAUGGCACAUAUACACAACCCAUGUCUCAAGGCUUAAUAAUGGUUCUUUAACCUGUCUCCUCCCCUUCAUCUACACUGGUUGAAGUGGAUUUAACAAGUGACAUCAAUUAGGGAUCAUAGCUUUCACCUGGAUUCACCUGGUCAGUCUGUCUUGGAAAGAGCAGGUGUUCCUAAUGUUUUAUACACACAGUGUAUAGUAAGUAUAACGUAUAAGGUCCAGGAUAACUUUAAGUGCAAUCCAGAAUUUCAAUGUACUGUAGGUGAUUGUUAACAUGGCCUGCCUUUUCAUGUGACAAAUUAGUUUUUGAGUAUCCUUAUUUAGCUAAAUAAAAUAAAUGUUUUGGUGUGUGUUUGUAUGUGUGUUGAGAGGUUAUAUGGUGCAUCUCUUCUGCUAGCAAACUAGCUUUCCUAUUCCCUGUUCCCUCUUGUGUUUUCAAGCCAUUGGAAAAAAGAAACAACCAAAAAAAUUGAAUAGCCCACUGGACUGAAUAUUGUUUUUAGUGCUGAAAAGGAUUGAUUUGAUAAUAACAUGGUUGAAUACAGUGUUUUGCAAUCACGUUAUUAUUCCCUACUGUGUGUAAAUGACUGUGUGCAAUUACUGUGCAGACACUGAACAACAGGGUGUAAGGGAGGACAAUUAGGGGUUACCAUACUUGACAACAAAAGAGGCAUGCACAGAGGUGCAAGAAAUUGAUGAUCAAUUAUGGUUUAUUAAAUAUGAUUUAUACUAUGUA